CCCAUGUGAUGUCAUCUGUUCCGGCUGAUCCAAAAGGUAGUCAGCAGAUACCCAGCACCAUGUCGGUGGGUCUGGUGGGUCCAUGCCCCCCUCUCUCCCAGCUGUACCAUGAACAACUGGCCACAGGGUGUAGAGAGACUAGCAAGGUCCAGAAAACUGCUGCGGCGGGUGGAGGACCUCUGGUGACAAUGACCAUGUCUCUCAGACCAGCAGAGAGCAAAGCUAUAGAUGGUAAUCUUGGGAGGUACUCUGAUGGGAGAGAGCAACAGAUCCUGGUGGAGCACAGGCAGAGCGCUUUGGGCUCAGUCGCCAGUCUGAGAGGUCAUGUCUGUGGGACUGCUGGCGCUGCCGACUUCAGAAGAACAGAGAGACAAGUGUCAGACCAGGUGUGGAAUGUGUGUCUUGUUCUUAGUGUAUGCUUAUGUUUCUGCAUGUGUGUCCCAUGUCUGUGUCUUGUGUAAACUUGUGUGUUGUCAUUUUCAGAUCCAAGGCAUUCAAAGACCUGGCAACAAAGGCAAUGUCUGGGUUCAUCCAAAACAACUAGGUAAUGUACCAUUGUUGAUAUCAGUCUGUUGCAGAGAAACAGCAGUGAUGACACUAAAUAGUACAGACAUCAGAUGAGUCAUGGAGGCGAACCAGUGAAUCUAACAAUUUCAUUUGAAUACUGCCAACGUUUUAGAGAUGCAGUUCACAUUUUGUCUUUAGCCACCAUGCGAAAUCUCAAACAGUGCGACCUAAUCCUUCAGCUACCCAAACCAAACAGCCUACCUCCCCAGUCCCCACGCAGCCUCUCCCCUAUCUUUGACUGUGUGUUGUGUACACAGAUUCUACCUCCAGAGGCCCAGCCGGGGCCUCGCCUCCGCCUCAAGCCUGCCCCCCUGGCCCUGCUCCCCCGGCCGGCCCCACAAGCGAGCAGCUGGGCACCCUGGAGUGCUGUCUGGCACGCCACCAGGCAGAGAUGAAGUGGCUGUUGACGGGUACCCUGGGCUCCCUGUGCCAGCGGCUACAGGUGGUGGAGAGGAGGAUGGAGGAGCUCUGUGAGCAGGGAACCACACACGGCAACAGCCUGGUCCUGCUCAACACCCAGGUGGGCCAGCUGGCAAGAGGGAUGACUGCCACCACCAAACAGGACUUGUCACCUCUCCAUGGUCUGGGUGAGUUGAGGCUGACGCACUAAAUAUUAGAAGGCACCACACUAAAACAUGUUACAUUUUAUUAAGUAAUUUUUAAAAGCAGAAAAAUUGAAUGUUUUUAAGAUGAGUGUGGAUCAUAUCGAUCGUUCGUUAAGUCACACUGAGAGGUUGUGAAAGGUUGUUGUCUGUGUACUAGAGGCUGCAGUGUUUAAGUACUUGAUUGAAGAUCAUUUUGUUGGUGAGUAAUGUUUUGGUUUCUUGUGUUGAUCCAGGAAAGGAACCAAGAGUGCUGAAAGAAGAAAAGUUGGACUUCACCAAGCUGUUACCACACGCUCCAAACCCUUCAUGCAAUAUGGGCUGCUCUGGAACAGACAAGGUUAGCCUCACUGGAUGUCAAUGGAGGAUGGCGACAACAUUUUCACCUAGCCACAGUCCGUCCCGGCGCGGUGACCACAAAGAGGGAUUAGGUGGGGAAAUGGAAAGGACAGAGUCAGGACACUCUGUAUCCUCUGUCGGAAAAGAGGCGGUCACAGAGGGGUGCAUACAGGGAAACUACUCCCCUGUGUCGGACUUUGAGGAUCUGGACAUGGAGCUGGCUGGCGAGAAGGGGCAGGACGCUGCCACCUUGUUGGUCAAUUCUGCCCUGGUGGAUACAGAGUCUAGUGACAGCCAGGAAGUGCCCCUUCCAUCCACUUCUCGGAAGUCACAAUCUGGGGCGUCCUGCCCCUUCUCGCCAGCCAGCUCCAUGGAGACACAUCCACGCUCUCCUCAUAUACACGUCCUCACUCAAUCCCAAGGCCAGUCCAAAAGCACUGAGGUCCCAACGUGUCCAAUUCCAGGUAAGGGUAGGACUAUGGCUGCAUUUUCUGAGAUGGUCCAUUUGAGCCCUAUAGGAGCUUGCUCUCUGUUGCCACAUUCUGUUAAAGUCGUAGGGUCAUCUAGGUCUGAGCAAACGGGCAUAAUAGCUCCUGCUCCAACUGAUUUCCAGCUAAGGAUCACCAGCCCACCUCGCACUGACCACAUGGCCUACACUCAGUCCUCAAAAGAAGCAGAGAAAGACCGGAAGCAUGAGAGGAAGAGGCGGAACAAGAGGGAAGCGAAGGCACACUCGGUUGGUAAGUUUGACUCCACUGCCGCCAUGUCCAUCAAGGGUAGCUUCUCCGCCCAAAUACAGGACCAACUGCAAGUUGGUGUGGGCAGGGAGACAGCCGAGGAGAGGCAGCAGAGUCAACAACACGAGAGGUUUGUGGAGAGUAUAAGGGUGUCGUAUGCCGGACAAGAAAAUCAGACUCUGAGAUUAACCUUACCUCCUAAUCAGCAACACUCUCCAUUGUGCCAUGCCCAGUUUAAAUCUCCAGACAGAGUAUCAUCACCAUCAGGUUCAGUCUUUGCACCGUAUUCCCGGUGCCCUCUGCCCUCUCCACCCAUGUCUGGCUACGUGGACCCUCAGAAGGGCAAACAAGUCUCAGACCGAUCCCGCCUGCCCUUCCACCCUACCAGCCCCUCUCUGGACACCUCCCUGGCCUCCAAGUUUUCCUCUCCCCGAAAUGGCUCUUCUAAAUCUCUCAUCGUUGGUGUUCGAUCCACCCACCACGAGGGCCAGUCCCUCCUGCUCCAGCUGUCGGACACAGCCAACCACCUCAUAGCCGCCAGCCCCUCCCCGGAGCUCCCCUCACCCCCGGAUGGUGGUCAAAGCAGACGGGGGAACCUCCCGCACUUCUUCAACUUCAAGCUCAAGCACCACUGGGAUAAGGACCGGCUCUCCUGUAAGAAGCGGCCGCUAAAAGGCAUCAGCAGCACUGGUGGCGCUCUAGCCAUGACUCUCCCGGAGCUGCAGGAGGAGAUGUCGCAGCACCACUGGCAGCCACUGGUGAUUCUGGGCAGCUCAGUCUUGCUUCCGUCCCCCCUGCAGCUGGGGCCCCUAGCCCAGACCUUCUCGCGCUGCUGCAGCAAACCCCUGAACGGAGACCCCUCCACUCUGCAGCGGGGUCUCUCCCGCCUUCUCCGCGCCACAGGCCAGUUCCCCAUGUCCCUCUUCAGCCAGAUGGGCUUCUCGAAGUUCUCCAAGUGGGGUCUGAGCACUGUGCUGGCUGCCUCCUCCCCCGCCUCCUUCCGCCACUGGUUCAGACACAAGCACCCCGCGCCCCUCAUGAGACUGUCGGCCACGGAGAAGACUGUGGUGUGUCAGAUCAUGGAGUCGCGGAAGAAGUACAUGCAUCUUCCCCUGCUGCCCCUCAAGGACUACACUGGCCCUCCUGGCCUGGGCAAUGACAACAGGUCAGUCUGUAACGUGAUAUUGACUUGUGAAAAUGGCUUGAUGCUCUUUGAGAUAAUGAGGGAUUUAGAGGUAACAUUUGAAGAAACUCAUCUGAUUUCUUGUUUGUAUUUGUAGUUAUGCUCGACCCUGUAGUCAAGAUACUUCCUCUAGCAGGAAUUCUACCGCAGAAAGGUGAUCAGCACAUGCAACAAGCCACUCAGUAUGAUGAAUGUUUUGUGUUGUCUAGACAUGGCACAGUAUCCAUAAAAUGCGGAUCCACCACACAAUGUAAUAACGGAUUGGAUUAAAUAUCAAUGUGGCCAGACUACUCUAAGUGUACAAAACAUUAGGAAUGCCUGCUCUUUCCAUGACACAUACUGACCAGGUGAAAGCUAUGAUCCCUUAUUGAUGUCACCUGUUAAAUCUGCUUCAAUCAGUGUAGAUAAGGGGGAGGAGACGGGUUGAUGAAGGAUUUUUAAGCCUUGAGACAAUUGCGACAUGGAUUGUGUAUGUGUGCCAUUCAGAGGGUGAAUGGGCACGGCAAAAUAUUUGUGUCUUUGAACGGGGUAUGGUAGUAGAUGCCAGGUGCACCGGUUUGUGUCAAGAACUGCAACGCUGCUGGGUUUUUCAUGCUCAACAGUUUCCCAUGUGUAUCAAGAAUGGUCCACCACCCAAAGGACAUCCAGCCAACUUGACACAAAGGGGGGGGUGCAACUCAAUAUUAAGGUGUUUUUAAUGUUUUGUACACUCAGUGUACAUUGCAUCCUUUACUGCUUUUGUCAGUGGCUUCUCAAAUAUAAACACAAUGUUGUAAUCAUAGCUACGGGAAGAUCUGUGGGGGUGUGACGACUCUUUCGCCGACGGGGGUGGGGGGGGGGCAGAUAUAUUUUUUGCCCACACUACAGACGGCUAUAUCGGUCCGCUAAUACAGAACUCGUAAAAGCCCUUUUUUGUAAUUAUUAUUUUGUUCCAUUUUGUAUUAUUUUUUGUAAUUACGAUUGUUUGCUAAUUCCAAUUUUUCAGGAGGUGCUUCAGCACCCCUACUUCCCGCAGCUGUGAUUGUAAUGGUGCACAACCUAUGCAUUUUAUCGAAAAUCCUUUUUCCAACAGUUGAACUGUUUUUCUCCUUCCUGUCCUGCCACAGCAGCACAACUCUCACCUCUCCACCUACACGACGAGGUAGGGUCAGACUCACCCCAGAGCGUGCCCUUUCCAACCCCAGAACCAGCCAUGGGCACAGCCCCAAGACCAUGUGUCUGGAUAACCAGCCUGAGCCUGUACCCAGUCUUGCCAUCGCUAGUGCCAAUGUCAAAUAUCCCAGUCUGCAUGGUCAUGGCUGCAGCUCAUCCAGAGAGGUGAGCCUGCCAUAUACAGUAACUGUACACGUCAUACACUAUACUCUUAGACUGGGCUUUGUUUGAUUGUACUAUACAGAGCCUUCUACUGUAUAUAGGUGUGGCUCUGAUGCUGUACAAUCCUUACAAUUUAUUGGGACCAUGCUUAACAAACAUUCCAGCAGAUUUUAGCAAUUUAGCAACUUCUCAGUUGCAGUCUCUGCAGUCUUGGUCCUAAGGGGGCUAAUGAAUGUUGUGUGACAAUGGAAACAGCAUUUUGGUGUUGACUAAUGAGUGCUCAUUUUCUCCACGGAGAGACUUAAGGGUCUUUUAUUCCCUUUGAGCAUCAUUAUAUUUCAAAGAAGCACCUCUUCUCUUGUUUGAUCACAAACUCUUGCAAUCCAGCUAGUUUUACCUCUCCCAUGUGGCUUAUUUGCGAUAUUAAAAUACGAAUAUUUUAUGGUUCUGUGACCUUGUUCACUUUUUCUUUCUUUCUGUGGUUCUGCAGGGAGGUCUGUAUGAGGCGGAUGUGGGAGCCCAGCCAGGCCAGCGCUCCAAGAGGGUAUCCCAGAUCCGCAUUCGGAAGACUGUUCCCAAACCAGACAACAACCUCACUCCCAUGGGCCUGCCCAAACCAAAGAGGUGAGGAAGAACCAGUAACUAACGAAACAAUGGGAUUAUUGAUAUGUACAGCGCAUUCGGAAAGUAUUCAGACCCCUUGACUUUUUCCACAUUUUGUUACGUUACAGCCUUAUUCUAAAAUUGAUUAAAUUGUUUUUUUCCCCUCAUCAAUCUACACACAAUACCCCAUAAUGACAAAGCAAAAACAGGUUUUUAGAAGAUUUAGCAAAUGUAUUAAAAAUAAAACUGAAAUGUCACAUUUACAUAAAUAUUCAGACCUUUUACUCAGUACUUUGUUGAAGCACCUUUGGCAGCGAUUACAGCCUUGAGUCUUCUUGGGUAUGACGCUACAAGCUUGGCACACCUGUAUUUGGGGAGUUUCUCCCAUUCUUCUUUGCAGAUCCUCUCAAGCUCUGUCAGGUUGGAUGAUGAGCGUCGCUGCACAGCUAUCUUCAGGUCUCGCGAGAGAUGUUAAAUCGGGUUCAAGUCCGGGCUCUGGCUGGUCCACUCAAGGACAUUCAGAGACUUGUCCCGAAGCCACUCCUGCGUUGUAUUGGCUGUGUGCUUAGGGUCGUUGUCCUGUUGGAAGGUGAAUCUUCGCCCCAGUCUGAGGUCCUGAGCGCUCUGGAGCAGGUUUUCAUCAAGGAUCUCUGUACUUUGUUCCGUUCAUCUUUGCCUCGAUCCUGACUAGUCCCCCAGUCCCUGCCUCUGAAAAACAUCCCCACAGCAUGAUGCUGCCACCACCAUGCUUCACCGUAGGGAUGGUGCCAGGUUUCCUCCAGAUGUGACUCUUGGCAUUCAGGCCAAAGAGUUCAAUCUUGGUUUCAUCAGACCAGAGAAUCUUGUUUCUCAUGGUCUGAGAGUCUUUUUAGGUGCCUUUUGGCAAACUCCAAGCGGGCUGUCAUGUACCUUUUUAUUGAGGAGUGGCUUCCGUCUGGCCACUACCAUAAAGGGCUGAUUGGUGGAGUGCUGCAGAGAUGGUUGUCCUUCUGGAAGGUUCUCCCAUCUCCACAGAGGAACUUUGGAGCUCUGUCAGAGUGACCAUCGGGUUCUUGGUCACCUCCCUGACCAAGGCCCUUCUCCCCCGAUUGCUCAGUUUGGCCGGGGGGCCAGCUCUAGGAAGAGUCUUGGUGGAUCCAAACUUACUUCCAUUUAAGAAUGAUGGAGGCCACUGUGUUCUUGGGGACCUUCAAUGCUGCAGAAAUGUUUUGGUACCCUUCCCCAGAUCUGUGCCUUGACACAAUCCUGUCUCGUAGCUCUGCGGACAAUUCCUUCAACCUCAUGGCUUGGUUUUUGCUCUGACAUGCACCGUCAACUGUGGGACCUUAUAUAGACUGGUGUGUGCCUUUCCAAAUCAUGUCCAAUCAAUUGAAUUUACCACCGGUGGACUCCAAUCAAGUUGUAGAAACAUCUCAAGGAUGAUCAAUGGAAACAGGAUGCACCUGAGCUCAGUUUCAAGUCUCAUAGCAAAGGGUCUGAAUACUUAUGUAAAUAAGGUAUUUCUGUUUUUUAUUUUUAAUACAUUUGCAAACAUUUCUAAAAACCUGUUUUCCCUUUGUCAUUAUGGGGUAUUGUGUGUAGGUUGCUGAGUAUUUUUAUUUAUUUCAUCAAUUUUAGAAUAAGGCUGUAACGUAACAAAAUGUGGAAGAAGUCUGAGUACUUUCCGAAGGCACUGUAGGGUUUCGUGAUCACACUGAGUGCCAAUAGUAAAUACUAAAGUCAAGCUGAAAGAUGCUUGUCUGAACAGGGCCGUUAUGUCGAACUAGUAGUUUGAUCAACUAUCCUCCUGUGUUUCACAUGUUGUUUUUUUGUGUGUACAUUGCAUCAGGCUGAAGAAGAAGGAGUUCAGCUUGGAGGAGAUUUACACCAACAAGAAUUAUAAAUCACCCACUCCCAACAGGUCAGUCACCAUCAUUUUUAUUAUUCAAACUGUACCUUAAGUUGAAGAACAUGAUAACACACAGUAUAUUGAAACGCUUUGUUGUCAGUCAGUAGGCUGUUUUAAAUGGGCAUAUCUACUGUAGUCUAUACCUCCCAUCGCUGCCCCAGAGAUCUCCUCUUGCAGCCACCUUGGCUCAUGAUAUUAGACCUAAUGCUUGGCUUACUUUAUACAUACUUUAUAUAUACACAGUGGCCACAUACACUGAGUGUACCAAACAUUAGGAACACAUGUUUCAAUUAGUCAAGGGCUUGGUGAUAGUUGACUAAUUGAAUCAGGUGUGCCAGUUUAGGGAUACAACACGUACACUGAGUGUACAAAACAUUAGGAGCAGCUUCCUGACAUUGAGUUUCACCCCCUUUUGCCCUCCGAACAGCCUCAAUUUGUCUACAAUGUGUCAAGCUUUCCACAUGGAUGCUGGCCCAUGUAGACUCCAAUGCUUCCCACAGUUGUGUCAAGUUGGCUAGAUGUCCUUUGGGUGGUGGACCAUUCUUCAUACACAUGGGAAACUGUUGAGCGUAAAAAACCCAACAACGUUGCAGUUCUUGACACACUCAAACCGGUGUGCCUGGAACUUACUUCCAUACCCUGUUCAAAGGCACUUAAAUAUUUUGUCUUACCCAUUCAUCCUCUGAAUGGCACACAUACACAGUCCUUGUCUCAAUUGUCUCAAGGCUUAAAAACCUUUAACAAAUUACAUCAAUAAGGGAUCAUAGCUUUCACCUAGAUUAACCUGGUCAGUCUGUCAUGGAAAUAGCAGGUGCUCCUAAUGUUUUGUAUGGCCCAUAUACUCUGCCAGUGCACUCACCCCUCUCUAAGGCAAUGAAGAAUCUCUCUCUUUCUCGGUCUUUGUCUCUCAAAUUCUUUAUCAUAUGGUUUAUCUUUUCUUUAGUAUAUGGUUUAUCAUAUUGUUUUCCCAUACCAGGAGCCUAGAGACCAUCUUCUUUAUCAUAUUGUUUUCCCAUACCAGGAGCCUAGAGACCAUCUUCUUUAUCAUAUUGUUUUCCCAUACCAGGAGCCUAGAGACCAUCUUCUUUAUCAUAUUGUUUUCCCAUACCAGGAGCCUAGAGACCAUCUUCGAGGAGCCCAAGGAGAAGAAUGGAUCGCUGGUCUGCAUCGGCCACCAGAAGAGGAAGCGCGUGCUGGACUUCCCAGACUUUACACUGCCGCGCAAACGUAAAGCCCGGGCCAACCUGCCGCCCCUG